GCUAUUGUCACAAUGAAAUUCCUCCAUCUAUACGAUCAGUAUCCAAUAGACUGCUUGUGAAAUUUCAUUCCAAUUCUGCAGUAAAUGGCAAUGGUUUCUCUGCUUCCUGGGAAGCUGGUUCUCGACUACUCCAGCAGCGGGAAUUGGGUGUCACUAGGACGCUAUUGUCACAAUGAGGCUCCAGCCCAGCACAAGUCCACUGGCACCAAAUUGAGGGUAAAGUUCAGAUCUGACCCCUGGACCAACGGGAACGGAUUCUCUGCCAACUGGACCUCAGGUUGUGGCGCCCUCUUUACUCAGGACACUGGCAUCAUUCUUUCUCCUGGUUUCCCUGGCAACUAUGAGAACAAUCUUACAUGUAACUACACCAUUAUGGUGGACCCACAGAAGUUUGUGCUGCUGACUUUUGAUGAAGAAAACUUCAAUAUUGAAGGUGGCACAGGUUGUCCGUAUGAUUAUGUAGCUGCCUACACUGGAAAUGGCUCAGACUCCAACCUCCUUGGGAAAUUCUGCGGAAGGACUGCCCCGGCUCCUGUCUCAUCCCUGGGGGUCAUGUUUAUCCAGUUUGUCACCGACAGCUCCAUAGUGGCGCGAGGGUACAGAGCUACUUAUUCAGCAAUGGAAUGUGGUGGUGUAUAUACCGCCCCCCAGGGAACGAUAAGAACCCCCCAACACCCUGUGAACUAUCAUCACAAUGCCAACUGUACCUGGUCCAUCACCGUACAGCCUGAUAGAGUGGUAGAACUGAAAUUCAACAUCUUUGACAUCGAGACUCACUCUAGCUGCAACUACGACUACGUAGAUGUGCGAGACGGCAACAGCUUGACAUCUCCUCUGAUUGGACGAUUCUGUAGUAAUGUGAUCCCUGAGCCAGUGCGGACAACUGGGAAUACCAUGACUGUCAACUUUGUCUCUGACGCCUCCAUCAAUGGCGCAGGCUUCACUGCUUCCUACAGGACAACUUUUGGUGUCCCUCUUUGCGGUGGCUUCCUGAAUGGCACCCAGGGAAGAUUCGGCUCCUUUGACAUUGACGGGGACGGACUGUACGAGGAUAACUUGAACUGUGUCUGGCAGAUUGUGGGUCAGGACAACAAGGUGUUGAAUCUGACCUUUGAACCCAUGGACAUUGAAGCAGACAACACCUGUGACUAUGAUUACUUAGAGGUGAGAGACGGGCUAACGAGUGAUGACCCUCUGGUGGGCAAGUACUGCGGAAGUCGCCCGUUGACCUACUUUGUGUCGUCCAGUAACAUGGUGUACAUCAAGUUUUAUACAGACGGCUCUGUGGGAGGAAGAGGCUUCAAUAUUUCCUACAGACAGGUGGAUGCACUCUGUGGAGGAGUCAGAACAGCCAUGACAUCCCCGCAGACGAUAUCCUCUCCUAACUAUCCCAACUCGUAUCCACACAACCUGCGUUGUCGCUGGACCAUUGAUGCUGGUCUUAACCAGCAGAUUGAUGUCAAUGUGACAGACUUUAAUGUAGAGAACCAUGCGAACUGCCAAUAUGACUACUUAGAGUUACGAGAUAAACCUUUGGGAGACAAUGGCCAGAUCCUGAUGUAUUGUGGCAGUCAGUUACCCCCGUUGUUCACCAGUAAAGGGAGAACCAUGCAGAUUAACUUUGUCACUGAUGCCUCAGCGACAGCCCCUGGCUUCUCUCUCACCUAUCAAGUGGCUUCCUGCAACAGAACUCACAGUGGCUCCACGGGACGAGUGACCAGUCCAGGGUGGCCGGGACGCUAUCCCAGUUACUCUCGAUGCUACGUCGUCAUUCAGUCCCCACCUGGGACCUACCUGUCUCUAUACUUCAACUCUUUCUACAUUGAACCACACACAUCUUGUAACUUUGACUAUCUAGAGAUUCGUAAUGGUUCAGAUGCCAGUGCUGGUCUGGUAGGGAAGUACUGUGGUAACACCCUCCCAGACCCUGUGUUUGCUACUGGGAACUCUAUCUGGAUGUUCUUCCUCACUGAUAACUCUGUUACACAUCCAGGUUAUGAUAUUACAUUUGCUUCCAGCUCUUCAGCACCAGGUUGUGGCGGUACCUUCAAAGACAGCUACGGCAGUUUCACGUCUCCACUGUACCCACAGCCGUACACCAACAACAGAAACUGUACAUGGCUGGUGCAGGUGCCUGCCAGGAAGGUGGUUACCAUCACCUUCACUGCCUUCAAUAUUGAAUAUCACGACAGCUGUAACUAUGACUGGGUAGAUGUGUAUGACGGACCCUCCACCUCGUCCACGCGGGUGGGACGAUACUGUGGAGAUUCAAUGCCAGCCGAAUUCACAGCCUCAGGUAGAGCAGUUACAAUCUUUUUCCGCUCAGACCAGUCUCAAACCGGUCCAGGGUUUAGGAUAGCAUACAGUUCCUCACAGCCAGCUCUCAUGCAGUCAGCAGACAAGUCUUCAAUAGGGUGAUAACUAAGAUAUUUAGAUAGAAAGCACACCAGGCCUUCAUGAUAUGAUAUUUUAAGUGAUGACAAAAAUUUGUGAAGCUAACUUAGAUUUUUUAAUAAAAAUUUUAUAAAGUGAUAAACAGUGCACUGUCCAAUUGAAGCAAUGUGAACAAUGUGUCAAUGUAUCCUUCUAUUAUACAUAAAUAUAAAUAUAUGUAUUCUCUUAUUUGUACAGAAGAUGUAUGUAUAUUCAGGAAAAGAAAUGACCAAAGAUAAAUUUUCUGUAUUCAAGAUAAAUUGUUAACAGUACUAUAACCUGAGACUUAUAAUAUAUGAUAUGCCAGAGUGUGAAAAUAAGUGAGACGUCUGUCCUGUUAAAUGUAUUGUGAUUAUUUUGUCACUGGUAUUAAGUACCUCUGGUUGUGAGAAUUCCAUUUAUCCGUCUAUUACACAUGGAGACAUAAUGUGAGUUAAGCAGUUAAGUACCAGAUAUUUAUCUAUAAUAAUAGAGGAAUAGUUAAAUGAAUAAAAACAAAAUGGCAGAAAAAAGGAAAGUAGAGGAAGACGCGAUGUUUAAGAAUGGAGAUUGUGGACUUGGUUAUUGUAUUAAGUAUGAUCUAUAUUUUUACUGUCAGCAUUGAAGAUGAGCUGUUAAAGCUCUUCUACAGGAGCUUGCAUUAUGUCAAAUACAAGAAGUUAACUGAGAAAUUGCAUUUGAAUUAAAUAUUAAUUCCUUUGUGGAAUAUCAGCACAUCUUUCUACAACAGCAGUGUUUAAUCUUAUUUAAACUAAUCAUAUUUCUAUGGCUUUGUGGGCCCUUACAAACAAUCAUACCUAUGGUCUUCGAAUAACUUGUCACUGCUUUUCAUCAUAUUAAAUUUUCUUUUAGGUUCAUUCUCGUCAUUCUUUACAUGAAGAAAUCUAGAAAAUGACAUUUUUCAAAACAGUGAAAACCGUUUUACUGCUGGAAAUUGGGAAACUCGACUAUUAUCGUCUUAAUUUUUAUAUUAAUUCUGGUAAACAUUUUAAUGGCCCUGAUUCAAGUGUCUGUGGAAGGAGCUUAGAAAACAAUAGGGAGAAAUUCUGUCUUUUACAAAGGGAGAAUUGAUUAAGAUGUGUCCUUUAUGAAGUUAAGGGUCUUCUCUGUCAUUACCACAAAGAGAUUUGUUUGUAAAGAAAUGGAAAUCUAUUGCAUAUUUUAUUCUACAGAAGUCAUCACAGUACAGGAGUGUUGAACAAAGUGUUUUUUAUUUUAAUGCACUUGAUUUACUUAGUGCCAAAUUAUAGACGGACCAAUAGUAGUUCUUAUUUAGAUUUUUACAGAAAUAAAUGUUAAAUCAUAUCAGAUUGUAUGAAUUGUAUAUUAUAUCAGAAUAAUAUGAAUUAUAG